AUGAAUAUUUCAUUCUUAUUGAUUAUCUCUUUGGUUGCCGGUGUUGCUUUAUCACAAAAGGCUUACCCAGAGAUCCCACAACAAUUCACAUCAGAUGUCUCCAUUUCAACAUCAAUGAUGCCAUUCCCAACCAGCGGUCAAAUGUACUACGAUUUCAACAACCUUAAGCAAAGAAUCGAUGCUACCUUCUUUGGACAAACAUCAACUACCUUGGACCGUCACGAUUUGGGACUUACCUUCAACAUUAACCCAUCUGCUCAACAAUGCGAAUGCAAGCCAUUGACCGAGCCAAUGAGCCCAAUGACCGUUUAUCCAGGUUCAGUUUUCAACGGUGUUUCAACUGAUGAAAACGGUAACCAAGUCGAUGGUUGGACUAUUGUUGCCACCGCCCAAGUUAACAUCACCAUCUACACUUUGGAUAUCGAUCCAAAUACUUUGGCCGAGGCUGUCAUGACCACCUUCAACCCAGACACCCAAACCACCAUGACAUUCUCCAAUUUCAACCCAGGAAACGUUGACCCCGCAAUCUUCGCUGUUCCAAGCUACUGUUCUUGCCCAACUCCAGCUCCACCAGUUCCCGUCCCAACUACCUCAUGCCCAAAUAACCCUCCAAGAGGAUGUUCAUGCGCCCCAUCACUCAAAUUCUGUGAUCAGGUGAACUACCCAGUCAUGGGAGAAGGUAUUGACUUCCAAGGUGUUGACCAAAUGGUUGAGACUAUGUUCGAAGCUUUCACAAUGACCACCAACCCACCAACUACAUGUGCUGAAAACACCAAGGCUUUCCUCUGUGCCACUAUGUUCUCUGCCUGUACCUCCAACUUGAUUCCAGUUCUUCCAUGUGCUGAUUUGUGUCCAAACUGCUCAUGUGGUGGUGACCAACAAUCAUGCGCUGCCGCUAACGUUGCCAACCAAACCCUCGGUGGUUGCACCAACUAUGGUUCAGUCAACUUCUGCUAA